CCUCUGGAAGCCAGGGCAGGCGUGGGGUUCUGAGACACCUAUCCCUUCCGUUCUCUGGUCGUGGUCUUUUCAAUAAUUUCUCAGUUCCUGAUGUGAGGAAAGAGGGCGCCCAGGGGACUCAGCCUCGGGUGGGUCCUCGCGCUGGGCGGGCAAGGGGUUGGUUUAGGAAAGGCACUGGUGCGGCCCCUGGGGGCUUGGGGAGGCGGCCCUCGGGCCUGAACGCCUGCGGGGCGGCGGGCGGUCCGGGCAGCACCGCGGACAGCGCCUUGGUGGGGGGCGGGAGGUUGGGGCGCGGCCCUCGCGCUUGGGAAGGCGCGUCCGCCGAGCGCAUUCCGGUGCGUCGUCGUCUCUCCUGGCCACUCGCGGGGCGGGGAAAUCGGAACCCCGCUUUCCAAGAGAGCGAUUGGGGCUCGGGCCACAGCCUGGGGUCCGCUGGGCGCCGGGACCUCCGAAACUGCUGCGGAAGCCGGGGCGGAGCGGAGGAAGCAGUGGCUUCCCAUACCCUUUGGUCCGCAGGGGUGCGCUGGUAGGAAAGAGGCUGUGGUCUUGGGGCGUCCUCCCCACCCCAGGCCCCCAGGUCAAGGCACUGGAAUCCAAGGUGCCAUUUCCCUCGAACUUCGUCCUUUCUGGUGGCCUUGUCAUGUCACUUAUGGUCUCCAGACUCCAUUUCCUCGUCUGUAAAUGGACAUAAUAAUAGCAUCCCCCCACCCAGGAAUAGUUGGGGUGUGGGGGGGUCCGUGAAAGCGUGCAGCUUGGGUCGACGCCGGCGUUUGUUGCUGGCAGCCGUCCCUGCCCCGGGAUCAGAGCGAGUGCCUGGCGAGCUCCAGCUGUCUCCCCACUGGAGGCGCCGCCCCUCCGACCCUCCCCGCGCCUGGAGCCCCCAGGACUCAGCCACGCCCCUAACUCACCCCGCUGGUAAAUUCGCCGCCCUCGCUGGUUUCCACUUACUGCUGCACCAUGCGGUCCCUGGGCUUGGUGCUCACCUUCCUCGCCGUGCCGCUGGUGGUGCGCGCCGACUCGAGGGUGAACGCAGGACCCUGUCUUUCUGCUCUGCCUUAUCCUCCCUGAACGCUCCCUCUUCUCCGCUUUAGGCCCUGCCCCUAGUGGGGGGGUGCGACUUUUGGGGAGGAGAGGUUGGAAUUGGGGUGACAGGAGAAUAGGGUCUGCUUGGCAUCCACUGGCCAAAGCCCUGUGCUCCCACCCUUGGACCCUGGCUGGGAUGGCGCUCAGGGCCCAGAUGGCCUGCGUCAGCCCAGUCCCCUCCCACCGUCUGCAGGUGCCUGGUGCUACGACUCCCAGGACCCAAAUUGUGGCGAGGACAGAGUGUUGUGUGAGGCUGUGUCGCAUUGGUCUGUGUCCUGUGUCCACUGCACUUCUGUGGUCUCUGCGGGUUUUCUGUCUGUAGUCCUGGGUCGCAGCGAUUGGGACCCCACAGUGUGUGUAUGACUGUCCCCCUCUGUGUGUGUCCGGAUCUGUGGCUGCUGUGCUCUCCAGUCCUUCUGUGUGUGCCAAGCUGCUCACAUCAGGCGGGACCCAUAAGUGUGCCAUGUGGCCAGCCCACAUGUGAGCAGGUCGUGGAGGUCCCCAAAGUUGGCAUGUGGCCGGGUGCCGGGAGACUUUCCCAGGCCCCUUUCCUGUGGAGCAGCUGCCUGCAGGGGCUGUACCUGUGAUGGUGUUGCAAACCCUAUGUCCAGCCAGGGUUGGGGGGGUGGCAGUUGUGACCUGUCAGGUGGGUACUCUUCCCUGGGUGUGUGUGUGGGGGAGGGCCACCUUUGUGCACCCCCAUGUCUCAGCCCCCCAAGAGACCUAGACCUGUUCCCCCAGGCCCCACCCACUGGAGGGAGAUGGCCCCAACCUGUGGGGGCCCAGCAGUCCCCCAUAAACAUCGACCUUCACCGGGUCCAGCGGGACCCUACCCUUGGACCCUUCAUCUUCCAAGGCUAUGACUCAGCACCUCCAGGCCCGUGGACGCUGGAGAAUCAUGGUCAUACAGAUGCACGUGGUCCAUAUGAACACCCGGUACCAGAGCAUAGGGGAAGCCCGAGGUCACCCUGAUGGUCUGGCAGUGCUGGCCCUGCUCUUGACGGAUCAGGAUUCUGACAACGCUCAGCCGUCUGUCGUGCCUGAAGAACGUGUCCGCGCGCGGGGCCUCCGUGAACCUGGCGUCCACCUUCCCGCUGGCCUCGCUGCUGCUGGGCGCCUCUGGCCUCUCGCGCUUCUACCGCUACGCGGGGUCGCUGACCACGCGGUGCUACGAGCCCGUGGUGCUCUGGACAGUCUUCGAGGACACGGUUCCCAUCGGGCGCGCUCAGGUGGCCCAGUUCCGGAUCGUGGCCCAGGCCAGGGCCCCCCGGCUCCCGCCCCGCACCUCUCAUGGAGAACUUACGGCCGCAGCAGCCUCUCGGUGUACGCAGGGUUGUAGCUUCCCCCAGCGCCUCGGUCCGCGCGGCAGCCCCCAACCCGGCCCGAGGCACGGGGCUCUCCUGGGCCUGGGGCUCAGCCUGUGGCUCUGGCAGGGGCCCUAGGAUGUAGACACGACCACCUUCCCACAAUAAACGACUCACAGAGUGACCUUGGCCUCCUAUGGCUGGGGGGAGGGGGGGCGGCCUGGGCGCACCGCAGCUCCUACGGAGGCCUCCUGUGCCACCCUUCCCGACCCCACCACAGCCAGUCCCAGACCCCAUCCAGAACCCCAGACCUCCCCAGAUCCCUCUCGGGGAGAAGGCACCCCCACUCCCAUCCUACACGUUAUGCCUGAAUCCCCCGAUGAGGUGGAGAAACUCCACCUGCUAAAGCCUAAAAUUACUAUUUUAUUUUACAAACGAGCUGGCUGACCACCCCAGACACUGUGUGGUUUAGUGAUGCCUCUAGCUGCCAUUUCCCAGAGGCCAGGAGGCGAGAAGCUGCUGGAUCCCAGCUCUGCAGCACAGAGUGGUGGGUCCUGGUGACAGGGACAGUGAGUGAAGGGCU